AUGAUCCAGAACAUUGAGAAGACAGCCCUGCUCUCUGAGCAUGCCAAUCUGCUUACUGCUGAGGUGGAACCCGAGACAGCAGACCAGGAAAUGCGGGAUUUUGAGGCACAGAUUGACCUGACUGAAGAGGAGCAGCAGGAACCCUCCUCUGAGAAGACAGUGAAGAGAGAUUUUGAGAUGAUUAUCACCUCAGAUAAGAAGAAGGAGAAGAAGAAGAAGAAGAAGAAGAAGAAGAAUAAGAAGUGA